AAAACACCUGAGGAUCAGCGAUUACUGGACAUUUGAAACCUGAAGGAGAUUUUCUUUCGUUAGAGGUUAAACGCAAGAUUAGUUUAAUCAUGGAUAUAGUCAUUAAAAUGCUGGACGGGACGUCCCACACACUGAAAGUAAACCCACAUGACACCGUGGGCUCUCUGAAGAUGCUCAUCCAGCAGAAGCUGGGGGUUCCCGCUGCGAGGCAGAAGCUGAUCUUCAGGAACGGGUCGAGCACGCCUCUGAACGACGACUCCAGGACCCUGAGCUCCUACAACAUUGAGCAGGGCUCCCAGGUGUCUCUGCUGAUCACCCAGCCAUCCACCUUCCAGGUGUUCCUGAAAAACGAGAAGGGGACGAACAGCACCUAUGAGAUCACACAUGACGAGACCGUGGAUAACUUCAGGAGGAGAGUGGAGAAAAGAGAGGGGGUUCCUGCGAACCAGCAGAGGCUGAUCCAUGAGGGCCGGGAGAUGCAGUCUGGAAAACUGUCUGACUACAACGUGAAGGAGCACAGCACCAUCUUCCUGACUCUGCGUCUGAGAGGAGGCUGAGGACGCUGUCAACAUGAAGAACACAUUCCAGUUUUUAUUUAUUUGUUAAGGCACUUUUAUGAGAAACUGUAUUUUCUUUACACAUGCAAAAUAUAUAUAUAUUACUGAAGUAAGUGAUCAAGGAGCAUGAAUAAGGGUCAGUCAGGACAAAUUUUAUUUCUGCAUUCUAUAAUCAGUAAGUAUAGCUUUUUAGAUGUUAUUAUUAAUUAGUACUGAAAUUCUGGGAAUUUGUUAAAAUCCAAACUGUAAAAUUUAUGUUCAAAGCAAGAAACCAUCAACUUCCACACAAUAUUCAAAACAUGUUUCGUGACAAAGAUGGGGGUUAGAAUUUAAGAGAAGGAAAUUUAGAAAAAACAAUGGAUCAGAACAACCAAAAAGUUUUUGUAUAUCAUUGUGUUUAGUAGAUCUGGUGUGGGGCGACUUAAGUGACUAUGAGAGGAAGUCAUUAUAUAUUUUAUCUUCUGGUCAUUCCUGUUCAAAAUAAAUGGUGUAAAAUUGCAUGUAAAUUGACAUAUUUGUCUUAUUCCUAUUUUCUGGUUUGACUUUUUAUUGUCUGUUUGAAAUAAAUAAAGCAUACCUCAAACCUCA